UGUUUGCAUUGAUGAUGACCAAUGUGCAGGUUUGGGCAGGGCUGUGUGUGACGUUGUUUGUUAGGGACGUAUGCAGAGCUGCCAAGCUCUCAGUCAUUCACUAACUCGCAGCUGGAAAACACACACAGUGGAGAAGGAGACAGCAGGGCAUAAGGAGUGACAAGAAAGGAUAAAGAAAAGUUCAGAAGUGACAAAUACAAAAAGAAUAGCGCAAAGAGAAGAUGACGAUUGGCAAGAACUCCAGGAAAAGCUCAGUCCGAAGCUCCAUCCGGGCUCCAAAGUUCAUGGACAAAUCCAGCGGUUUCUAUGGUCGCCUUGAUGAACCUGAGACAGCCACAGAGGGCGUAGAGGUGAGAGGGAAUGAAGAGGAGAAUAGGGUCGAUGAUAGGAGCAGAGAAGGGGAAGUUGUGAGCAGCUCGCCUCUUACUGUUACACACAACUCGGGGGCAGAUGAAGAAGUGUUUGACUUCACUGAUGGGAUGAUGGAGGAUGAUGGAGAGACUCUCCUGCACAGGAAGCCCAGCCGCCUCAGCAGUAGGUGGAGAAGGAGCUCCAGGAGGAGGCAGAAAGAGGGGAAGGCUGAGGAUAAACAAACCCAAGAUGACUCCUCCAUCCUGGAGGACAACAGGAUGAAAAUCGAGGUAGAACUGAAGAAGAUGGAGGAAGAAAACGAGAAAGCGGGCAUAGGGAAGGAGCCCACUCUUAUUCAUUUCCCUGUUCGUGAGGAUGCAGAUGACCAAGUCCUAAUCAGAGAUAAGAAGAGAGGAAGAGAAGAGGAGGGGGAAGAAGAGAGAAAGAUGAAAAGGGAGCAAGAAGAAGGGAUGAAGAUGGUGAAAAAGAACACUGUAAAGAAUUAUCGCAAGGCUUUUGACCGAGCGUUUCGUCGCGGCUGGGAGGCCUUCAUCGCCAACCUCUACAGCGUCACCCUCACACCUGUGACAUCCUCAUCACCACCUUCAUCUUCGCCUUCGUUGAAGAAGAGGCAUCAGCAUGACUCAGUGUUAGCUGAGUUUCAGUAAAAAUGGAUCACCACAUGGACAAUUCAAAUUGUUUUUAUUAUCUAAUGUGAUGAAAACAGGGUAACGUUGUGUUUUCCCUGCUGCUGAAUAAUGAUGGACAAUCCAUGUAUGAUAUUUAAAGUGCCUUUACAUGAUAUGCGUGUGAUAAGAGGCCUCCGAUGCAUUAAUUAUUUAUGUUGGUUACAAAGUCGUAAUUAUGCAAUAUGGCAUUUAUGUUGUGGUGCACUUUAGUCUGCACAAGAUGGUAUUAACAAACUGGUGGAGCCAAGCGUUGGGUUUGCAAUGAAGUCUAUGAGAAAGGCUUGAGAAGCAGUCUUUACAGUUUGUGACUGAGCUCAGCAGCUCCUGGCUCCUUUCUUCUUAGUUUUUUAGAUCACUUUACAUCUGAUCCACUGUCAUGAGCAUGUUGUGCGUCUCUGCUUCUUUUUGGUUGACAGUAUGAAACAGCUGAAGUGUUGAUGUAUAACCAAAAGGAGGAUUUCAAGACAGCUAUGACUGAUCAGUGGCUUUCUUUUUAACUUUGGAAAUCUUAAUGUUUCUUUCUGCUUAUCAGUGAAACUGAUUACUGGUUAUCUGUCUGGCAGCUUGUUGGUGAUCAGCUGAGGUUAAAGACUUCGGUCGCAACCCUGCCCAUCCAUUCAGUAUUUAGACAUUAUUAUUCUGAUUCAUAAUGGCUUGCAUAGAUAUUUAUAGUAGUAUUUAUCUAAAACUGUAUUGCAAAUUUAUGUUUUUGCCCCCCCCCCCCCCUCCUCUUCAUCUGACCACAUGCACAUGAAAGACAUGGAUUUUUCAAGUUCAUGCCCGAAUGCAAGAGGUACUACAGCCUGAAUUAGAAAUAAAUUAUUAUUGGAUAGAAAUGAUUACUUUUUUUUAACAAUAAAACUGUUUGACAUGA